AUGGCCAGCAGGCGACACCGCGUCAAAGUCUAUGUGAGAGACGAAGACCGGAAGUGGAGCGAAAUUGGCAUAGGACAAGUUUCAUCUAGAUACAUUGGGCGACUCCACGGAGUGUGUCUACUUGUUCAUUCUGAAUCAGAUGGGUUGUUGAUUAUGCAGUCCAAGAUACAUCCAAACACCUGCUAUCAGAAACAAAGAGGGGUGUUAAUUCUUUGGUCGGAAGCAGAAAAUGACAGUGAUGGUUUAGCACUAAGCUUCCAGGAUCCAGCAGGCUGUCGAGAGAUCUGGGAAUAUAUAUGUCAAGUCCAAGGUAAAGAUCCAAGCUUGGAAAUAACACAAAACGUUUUGGAUACAUCAGAAAACAAUGAUGAAAUGCCACAAAGCAGUAAUCUGAUUGAGCUGCCUGACUGCGAACUCAAUACACUCGAACAAAUUGAGAAUUUAUUUGAUUCCGUUUCUGCUUCUCCUCUCCGCCAGGAAAGGCUGGCUCUGAUCUUGGAAAAUGAGGAUUAUGUUCAAAAACUACUGCAACUGUUCCAUACUUGUGAGAACCAACAGAACACUGAAGGAUUAUACCAUUUGCAUAACAUUAUUAAAGCAAUAUUAUUUCUCAACAAGUCUCAUCUACUUGAGAUCAUGUUUUCUGAUAAGUAUAUCAUGGACGUGGUGGGAUGUCUUGAAUAUGAUCCUGCUUUGGCUCAACCAACACAGCAUAGGGAAUUCUUGACCCAAAAUGCAAAGUUCAAAGAAGUUAUACCAAUAACAAACUUUGAACUUAGGCAAAAAAUACAUCAGACAUAUAGAGUGCAGUACAUUCAUGAUAUUCUCUUACCUAUACCAUCUAUAUUUGAAAAGAGUCUUCUUUCCACUCUUACAACAUUCAUUUUCUUAAACAAGGUGGAAAUAGUCAAUAUGUUGCAGGAGGAUGAGAUGUUUAUGUUUGAAGUUUUUGCACAAUUAAAGGAUGAGACUACAGAUGAUGAUAAACGACUUGAAUUGCUAUUAUUUUUCAAGGAAAUCUGUGCAUUUUCCCAGACUUUACAGCCUGAAUGCAAGAAUGCACUAUUCCAAACAUUGAUACAACUAGAAAUCAUUUCUGCUCUUAAAAUUGUAAUGAGUAUAGAUGAUGUCCAAAUAAAGCUAACUGCUACAGAAAUACUUGCUUAUCUAGUAGAAUAUAGUCCAUCUACCAUCCAAGGAUUUGUAAUGGAAGAAGCCCAGGAGGGUGAAGGUAAUGAAGUCAUCAUUAAUGUAAUAAUCAAACAAAUGAUCUGUGACACUGAUCCUGAGCUUGGAGGUGACGUUAAUAUGAUGGAACUUCUUCGUUCUCUUCUUGAUCCAGAAAACAUGCUGACAACGCCUAAUGAAUGUGAAAGUAGUGAAUUUCUAAAUAUCUUCUAUAAACAUUGCAUGCAUAACUUGAUAGCGCCACUCUUGUCUGCCACUUCAGAAGGAAAAGGUAAAGAGAAUGAUCCAUUUGAAACUGAGAAAAACAACCUGGUCUGUUCUGUGGUCCGCUUUGUGAGAAAGAUAAUAGGCCUUAAAGAUGAACUUUACAAUUGUUAUAUCAUUAAGGAAAAUCUUUUUGAGACAGUUGUAAAUACUUUUCUGCUUAAUGGAACUCGGUACAAUAUGUUAAAUUCAGCUAUUAUUGAUAUAUUUGAAUAUAUAAGAGUGGAAAACAUCAAACCUCUUGUUGCACAUAUAGUUGAGAAGUUUUAUAAGGCUUUUGAAUCUAUUGAAUAUGUUCAGACAUUCAAAGGAUUGAAAAUUAAAUAUGAAGAAGAGAAAGAAAAACAAAACAAAAUAAGGGAGAAUUUGCACUCUAUAAUAUCUAGCAAAAUAUUUUGCAAAUGUGCCAAAAUCAUGAAGGUGAAGAAAGAAAUGUGUCUUAAGGGAAAUACAAAAGAAUUGAUGCCACCAAUGGAAAAUGAGUUGCCAGAUCAUUCUGAUGAAUUUAUAGAAAAUAAAGGAACAAAAGAAAGUGAAGACACUGCAGAUAUUCCUGAAACAACAUCUUCGAGUGACUUCAGAUUUUCUUCAUGUCAUCUUGCUGCUGGUGGUAGUAAUAGAAUGAAUAGCCCCCAAAGAAGCAGUAUGCAUGUUUUAGUGGAUUAUCCUGAUGAUGAUGAUGAAGAAGAAGAAGAAAAAGAAGACAAAGCAUCACCCCCCAAACGACCUCAUCUUAGCUCAUAA